AUGAAGCUUAAAAUUGAAUUUGGAAUUACUUUUUGGCUAUUUACUCAUCAAGUUGCAUCAGUAAGCAACUCAAGUCUUAUAAGUCUGUCAAUUUGUGACAUAAUUGAGAAGUUUUACUCGAAAUAUUCAAGAAAUGUCGACAUAAUAGACUUUAAUGGAUCUCAAGGUGACCUAGUUGGUGAAAUUCUACAGAAUCUCAAUAAUUCCAUGACUGUGACUGUCCACAAGCCAAAAAAAUCAAAGAAUCUCCAGAAAAAGAUUAAAAAGCAGACAAUUUUGAUAUUUGACAAUUUUAAAAGCUUAAAUGAUUUCAAUAAGGCAGACAGAGUCAACAUUGUGUACAUUAAUCCAAUUCGACUUCUUGUUUACUGCGUCAAUGCUUCCGAAUCGGAUAUAUCAAGUCUAGAAACAAAAUUAAUGACUCCACCUUAUUAUUAUUUUAUAAUUUUUUCUGAAGAUGAUUCUAAUCUUGAACUUUACACGUUCGAGAACCUCAACGACUUAAAAUACUGCACUGAAAAUCAAACUUUAAUCAAAAUUAAUGAAUUUUCAGCAGUUCACUUACAAUGGACAGUCUCACCAUUGUUCCCAGUUAAGUAUAAAAAUUUUCAUAACUGCAUUAUGCUUAUCGGGACGUCUGAUAAGGAGUCAUUUACGCAUAUAUUUCAAAAUAUUUGGACAGGCCAAACUGUAGUUGAUGGACCUAUCAAUGACAUCAUGAAUAUCCUUGCAAAGGAACUGAAUUUUAUUAAUCAAUUUAGUGUUUGUUUAAAUCUGCAAUGCUCUGACCAUACAUACUAUCCAAUGGAACUUUAUAAUGUCCUGAAUUAUUAUCCUUUAAAUGCUUUAGCUAUGUUCAAAUCUAGCAUGGAAAAAACCAAUUUUGUCAUGAUGAAUGUCGAUUCUGAAUUUCGCAUCUACAUGCCCCCACCGGACCAUUUUACUCCAAUUGAAAAACUCCUUUUACCAUUUGACUUCUGGACGUGGAUAUCAGUGAGUACAUCAGCUGUGGUAACGAUCAUUUUACUAGCAAUGGUUCAUGGAGUAAAACAAACAAAAGAUUUAAUAAUCUGUUAUGCUUCAUAUCCACUGAUAAUAUUGAAGGCAGCCCUUAUUAUUAUUGGUAUCAGACAGGUCAAUCCGAAAUGUAAUAAUUCCUGGCGACUAGUUUUGAUGAUUAUGGUUAUUUGGUUCUUUACUUUAAGAACAAUUUAUGUGACAAAAAUGAUCGAGUUUAUAAUUCUUGGUAUUAAAAAGCCGACAAUCAAAACAUUGGAUGAGCUGCAGGUUAGGAACAUUCAACUUUUAGUUGCUGAAGAUCUUCAUCUAUACUUGGAUAAAGAUUCAGAUGGAAAUUUCUUUGGUUUACCGUCAUACGUGAUAUCAGAUGAUAUGUUUAACUUUAUUGUCUUAGACGAUCUCUUUGAUCCUUCAUAUAAUGGAUCACUUCUAUUAACAGACUUAGAAAAACAAAUUGGAAGCACAUAUCGAAAAAUGUCUAUCCCCGAUUACUUUGUUCCAGUUCCAUUCGAAAGAUUUCAUCACAUUUUUGGAUUUUUAUAUCCAAAUUUAUGGAAUGAAAGGAUGAAGGAAAUUAUCGAAGGUGCCAUUUCUGGUGGAAUUAUCAAAAAAAUAUUUGAUAAAUAUACAAAAUCAAGAUGGAAUUUAGAGCCGAUUGACAUUGACUUAGAUCAACUUGUCAUGGACUUUAAUGACUUAAUACUUGGCUUUCAAAUCUCUCUGUUUGCAUGUUAUGCUGCAUUUGUGAUACUUUUGGCUGAACUAGUUGUAGCUUACAUCAUCAAGGUCUAUUCUGAUGGCUGGGAUAGCAUGCCAGAUACUAGACUAUUUUCCAGGACCAAAAAACAUCAAUUCAGUGACAACAUUUCAUCAUGUUCACAAAGUAUUUACUCCUCAUCCGUUGACAUAUCAAGCAUAGAUAAUUCACAGAAUAGUCUUAAUAUUGGACUAGAUGUUGAGUCUUGUGACCGUGAUUCAGAACAGUCGAUGGACAUUAAAUCAAUAAGCUGUAGCAUUGCAUUUGGUGACAAUAUAAAAGCUGAAGAAAAUGUAAAGGCUGAAAGAAUUGAUGGAUGUAAAGAGGAAGAAAUGGACAAAGAUGAUGAAUCAGCUGGAUUUGGAAUAAAAAUUAUGGAUUUUGAUAAUGUUUGA